UACCAACGAUAGCAUUAACCUGUCGCAUGUCGCUGUGAGCUCAUCGAUAUUAGCAAAACUACUUAGUUAUGAAGUACAUUACUUAAGCUAAGUUUGUACUCAUAUCAUUAACAAUCAGGCAACGAAGACCAAGUCAAUAAUAAUACUGGCUGUACUGCAUCGAUUCUAUCAUUUCUAUGGCACAGUGCCGGCAUGAUGGGUCUGCACGAAGAAAUAGAACUUUUUAUGCCGCUCUUCACGCCGAAGGAAGGAGUCUCCAGGCGACACGAUGCCAUCCAGCGAAUCACGAUUAUUAUUACUUCAGAAUUCCCCGUCGUUGGAGUGGAACACUUCGGAAGCACCUUAACCGGCUUGUAUCUGCGAACAAGUAAUAUUGAUAUCGUGGUGACUUUGAUUGCAAGUGAUCGUUUUGCGGACUCCGCUGUUUGGUAAAAUACUUUGUACAUGCAACACUCUAUGUGCGAGCACAUACAAUCCAUUUCUACGAUGCACCUUGGAUCCACUGGAGCCCGAUAAAGAUGCCGCUGCUUCUUCAAGACGCGGAAUAACUGCAUUGAGAACGACGUUCCGCGAAACGCAUGAUAUACUGGAACAAGCGGUGAAGAAUUCUGUGCUCACUCCCCGUACUUUCUUCGAUAUCCUAUUCGAGCGUUAUAAUUACAAGCAUUCGGAUGCCUAUAAAAGCGGCACAAAAGAUAGCAAAGGAGGCUAAAUCAAUCGAACAAAAGGAAGAAAGAAGGAACCGCCGCAAAGAAAGAAAGAAACACCGCUUUGUAAUUGGGGCAACUGGUCCAGAUUUUUUGUAUAAACUAUACUGCAUAGAUAUCGUUUUUUGGGAGAUUUCUCUGAUAAUGUAAUGUCAUGCAAGUCUGAAGCAGGUAGUCAAGUACGUUGUUAUAUAUGUAUUCCCUAAAACAAGCGAUAAUUUAUCGGAAAUACCAAGUGUGAAAUCGAGUCCUUUUAGAGAUUUUGAAAACGAGAUGAUCGCUGUACUGCCACGUCUAACCGUCUAAGAAAACUAUUCUAGAAGUGAUCGGUUUGCAACCGGAGUCGAGAUGCAGAUGACAUAAAUGGACAAAGAGAAAUACCACCGCUCAUAUCCUGCAUACUCGUACGGGUCGUACCGGUACGGACAUCGAGAUCAUGCUCGAAUACAGGAAGGAAAUCCCUGCAGGCGCACACCAGAUCGCAUUGGAUGGCAUCGCUCUGAUGACAGACAUCAUCAGCAUCCAGACAUUUUGCCGUCGCGUCAAUCACGACAUGAUGCACAACGAAGGUCGCCAAAACUGCAGAGUGUUGUCGGAAGUGUGUCGCUGGGAGAAAGGUAUUCAAAAACCAGUCAUCAUCAUUCUGUUUCGUUGAAAGAAAUUACGAGCGACACGAAACAAGGCAGACCGGAACUGCGUGAACCUUUAAUCACAACUCGUACACGGGAACAAACGAAAUCAUCUGCAAGCCAAAACCACAAAGAGAGCCCUGGCACCGAUGUGAAUAAAAACGUGAUAGUGGGACGAUACAGUGCCGGGAUUCAAGGUCUGCACGAGGAAAUCGAAGCCUUCUACGCCGAAAUUCAUGCAGACGGCAAAGAAGCGACCAGGCGACAAACUGUCAUCCAGCGCAUCACACAGAUCAUUACUGCGGAGUUUCCCGGCGUGAAAGUGGACUAUUUUGGAAGCACGCUCACCGGCUUGUUCCUGCAUUCCAGCGAUAUUGACCUGGUGGCUGUGGUAAACAUUCUUGUCGAUCCCGCUGCAUGGUUACGAGGUUGUUAUUUGGCGCUGCAACGACAUUCAGAAGUGCGAUGUACGGAACAACUGACAAGCGCUAAAGUUCCUGUAGUGAAGUUUGUGGAUGUUAGCACGGGAAUUAAAGUGGACUUAUCGUGCAUACCACUUUACGGUUAUAAUCAAGGCGUGGCAAAAUCUCAGUGGAUUAAAUCUACCAUCAGCCGCUACCCGCUGUUACCCAAACUGGUCAUCGUCGUUAAGGAAUAUCUUCGUCGACGCAAUCUCCACGAAAUCUACCAUCGCGGAAUCAACUCGUACGUGGUCAGUUUGAUGGCCAUCAGUUUCUUCCAGCACCAUGCGACCGGCAACAGUCUCGGAAGUCUGCUGCUACGCUUUUUUCAGGUAUAUGGCAAAGAGUUUGAUUUUGACAAACACGCCAUAAUUGUGGCGGGAAAUGGUCAGAUCAUAUCGAAGUCAGACAUGCAGAGUAAAUUGGGCAUGAGGGCCAUUAGCACAUCGUUGAGCAUCCAAGAUCCGGUAGAGCCCGCGAAGGACGCCGCUGAACCGUCGAGACGAGGCAUGGAUGCAGUGAAGCGGGCGUUCGGCGAAGCGCAUGAUGCAUUGCAACGAGCGGUGGACAGUUCAGUGCGUGCCGGGGACACUGUCAGUUUCCUGGAUGUGAUCUUCGAUUAUUACAAGCAUACAUUGGCCGGCUCUGCGCAUUUCGGUCGUCGUUGUUUUUGAUUGUACGUUUCUAACCUAUGGUGUUGCAUACUAUAUAGUAGAUCCAUGUACAUGUACAUUGUUCGAUGCAACAAGUGUGCGAUAAAUACCAUUUAUGCUGUAAUAAUUUAAUAUCAUGUUUUUUGCAUUACUUCUUCCGCACUGUAUUAGAGCAGUACCAUCUAGCUGCCGCACAUUAAAAAAGAUUUUAAUGGGCAAUUGGGCAUACG